AUGCACUUGUGUGUCCACGACAGGAUGAAUGGAUACGGCUCUCCGUACCUGUACAUGGGGGCUCCGGUGUCCCAGCCCCGGGCCCCGCUCCAGAGGACCCCGAAGUGCGCCCGGUGCCGGAACCACGGCGUCCUGUCCUGGCUCAAGGGCCACAAGCGCUACUGCCGCUUCAAGGACUGCACCUGCGAGAAGUGCAUCCUCAUCAUCGAGCGGCAGCGCGUCAUGGCGGCGCAGGUGGCGCUGCGCCGCCAGCAGGCCAACGAGAGCCUGGAGAGCCUCAUCCCGGAGUCCCUCAGGGUGCUGCCCGGCAUCGGCCUGCCCGGGCCCGGCGAGGGGAGCCAGGGCACCCCGCAGAGCUCCGACGAGCUGGAGCUGAGGUGGAGCAGCUCGGAGCCGGUGCAGAGCGCAGCGCAGACAGAGACGGAGGACGGAGCUGAUGAUGCGUCCGGAGGAGAGAACUCCUCCAGCGAGAAGGAGCAGGAGCCGCUCAGCUCCCCGGAGGCCUCCAAGCCAAACUCCUGCUACACCCCGGAGCCCCCGGAGCCCCCCACCCAGCCGGAGGAGAGCCGCUACAGCCUCCCCAAGGCCGGCACCGAGAAGGAGGCCAAGACCGAGAGCCCCCCCCACAAGUACCCGGGGGGCCCCGCGGAGCAGAGCGUCCUGAUCGAGGGCCUCGCGGGCUCCAUCAACCUGCCCUUCAGCCUCCGGGCCAACCGGCCCCCGCUGGACGUGCUGAAGAAGAUCUUCCCGGCCCACAAGCCCCCGGUGCUGGAGCUCAUCCUGCGGGGCUGCGGGGGGGACCUGGUGGGGGCCAUAGAGGUGCUGCUGUCCAGCCGGAGCCCGGACGCACACACGCACACUGACGCGCACCCGGACGCGCUGGUGCUGCCCUCAAACGGACACCUGUUCGAGCACGCGCUGGGCUCGUACCACCCGGUGUCCUCCUCCGCCAAGUGGUCGGUGGGCUCCGCGUUCCGCGUGCCCGAGUCCCUGCGGUUCACGACCGACCCGGCCGCGGGCUCGCUGGGUGUGCCCCUGCAGCACCCGUCCUUCCCGCAGCACACGCGCUACCCGCUCAUGCUGCGCAACUCGCUGACGCGAAGCCAGGCGGGUCCGUUCGUGCACAACGACGUGACCCUGUGGAAUACCAUGGCCCUGCAGCAGCAGUACCAGCUCCGCUCGGCCGCGCAGUACGUGUCCCCCUUCUCCCCCGCGGCCCCCGCAGGACCCGGGGGCCCCGUGUUCCGCAGCGCCCCCAUCCUCCCGUCCAGGGCCCCCGAGGAGCCGCGCAUCAGCAUCCAGGAGGAGAGCUGCACGCUGGGGCCCAAAGCAGGCCUCUACUCCCCCGAGGAGGAGUACGAGGAGCGGUCGGACUCCGCGGACUCCCGCAUCCUCAGCUCCUCCACCUGA